CGCGUUCUCUCUCUCCCCUCUUACCCCCUGCCCCGCCGCGGGAGCCCGCUUUGCAAAAAGGGGGCACGCCAGCGCCACCCUCCGGCCACCGAGCCGCACUGCACCCUCCCCCCGUCUCUCCCCCCUGCUCCGACUCUCAAUGUUCCACACUGCCCGGCCACAGAGCCUCCUCUGCUGCUUUAUAUCCCCCCGGCUUCCUCCAGCCCCUCCACCGAUACUGUAUCCCCUUCCCUCCCCCCCUUCAUCCCUCCCCUCCGACCUAACACCGGGACAGGACGCCUGCGAAGUUCACCACGAUGUCCAGUGACAGGCAAAGGUCAGAUGAUGAAAGUCCAAGUACCAGCAGUGGUAGUUCAGAUGCAGAUCAGAGGGACCCACCAGCACCCGAACCUGAAGAGCAAGAAGAAAGAAAACCUUCUGCAACCCAACAGAAGAAAAAUACCAAACUAUCCAGCAAAACUACUGCUAAGCUAUCCACUAGUGCUAAAAGAAUUCAGAAGGAGCUAGCUGAAAUAACCCUUGAUCCUCCUCCUAACUGCAGUGCUGGCCCUAAAGGAGAUAACAUUUAUGAAUGGAGAUCAACUAUACUUGGACCCCCUGGUUCUGUAUAUGAAGGAGGUGUUUUUUUCCUGGAUAUCACAUUUUCAUCUGAUUAUCCAUUCAAGCCACCAAAGGUUACUUUCCGUACCAGAAUCUAUCACUGCAACAUCAACAGUCAGGGAGUCAUCUGUCUGGAUAUUCUGAAAGACAACUGGAGCCCUGCUUUGACUAUUUCAAAAGUUUUGCUGUCUAUUUGUUCUCUCUUGACAGACUGCAAUCCUGCUGAUCCUCUGGUCGGAAGCAUAGCCACUCAGUACCUGACCAACAGAGCAGAACAUGACAGGAUAGCCAGACAGUGGACCAAGAGAUAUGCAACAUAAAUGACAAACUACUUGUGCUCUGUGAGGGUGCAGGAGGCAACUUUACAGUGUGCAACAAAUCUUUAUAGCCUUUACAAUACGGACUUCUGUGUAUAUGUUAUACUGAUUCUACUCUCUGCUUUUAUCCUUUUGAAGACCGGGAUUCUGCCCCCUAAAAAAGGUAAAUGCUAUCAGGAGUAGAACUUUGUAGCUGUAGAUUAGUUAUGUUUAAAAAGCCUACUUGCAAGUCUUGCUUCUUUGGGAUAUCAAAAUGUAUUUUGUGAUGUACUAAGGAUACUGUUUCUGAAGUCAACCAAAUAUUAUAGUGCAUUUUAGCCUAAUUCAUUAUCUGUAUGAAGUUAUUAAAGGUAGCUGUAGAUUACUAGGAAUUAUGUCAUUUGUAUUAAACCCAGAUCUAUUUCCAAUAUGUGGUACAUGCUGUUGUGAAAACUGUUUUAACUUUUACCUUUGUCAGUUUGUAAUGAAAGGAUUUCCUUUUCCCCUUUGUAGCUCAGAGAGCACCCAGUGUAUCAUCUCAAACACAAUAAACAUGUUCCCCAAGGAGCAGUUUCUUUGUUUUCCUACUUUAAAUUAGCAUUUGAGUGAAUUUAAAUAUAACAGUGAUGCAAAGCUAUUGUAUCACAGGUCCCGAUGGAUCAUCUGGUAAAUUAAUAUACACAAGCAAAGGCUUGCUAUUAAAUGCUUAAUGUAUACCUCUGGAUUGUUUAAAAGUAAAAAAUUUCCACUGGAUUUUUUUUUUAAACAGGAAAUAUUUUCCUGUAUUUUUUAACUAAGAAGGUUAUUUAAGUUAAAAUGAGAGCAGUUAGUGAGAGGUUGAUAUGGCAGUUACUGUGGAUAAAUUAUAUGGGCCAAAUCCUGCUCCCAUAAUAGUCAAUCUGAGUUUUCCAUUAAUUUGUUCAGCUGGAGCAGGGCCAGGCUCUUGAUAGCUUGAGGCUUCAUUUCUUAAUUUUAAUGGCAAGAAUGUGGCUUGCCCAGUCAGAGAACUGCAAUUGUCCAUUUGAAAGAGUCUUCCAAAGCCCGAUUGGAUGCUUUGUCAGCUCUCUGGGAAAGAAAGGACUAGAGGAGAUUUAGGCAGGGAUUAUUAUAAUGAUAAGAGAUUGGAAACACUUGUGGGGAAGUGCAUUAUUGCAAGUGAAACUAAAAAUCAGAAGAGACUUUUAGGCUUCUCACCAGGAAAUCUUGUGUGCAACAAAAAUGCAAGUGUAUAUUCUGUACAGUUUGAAAAGUACAGUCACUAAUUUUCUCUUUAGGGCGUUAAUCACUGUAGUGAUGACCCUUGAGUAAUUGAGUACAGCUAAAAUGUUCAUUGAUCCCUUUAAAACUAAUUUACAAAUAAUUGGCUCCUUUUUUAAAAGGAAUUCUCUCCUGUGUGACCUUGUAUUUUUGGAGACGUAGCUCUUCCAUUAUUAAGAUGUUCUGUACAUUAAAUGUAUAGAAAGCAGAAUUUCAAGGUUUUAAUAUCAAAGCAGUGGAAGAAUUUAAAGAUUAUCUAAAGUUAAUUAUCACUGUUAAAUCCCUGUUCUUGGGUCAGGUGGCCUUUAGCAUGUGUCAUUUGCUCUACUCUAAAUAUUUGUACUGUUUCCUCAACGUGGCUCACAGGACUAUAUAUCCCAAACUAGAUCUAUUUAGGAGCUGUGAGGUGGAUUUGGAGCUUGGGCUGUGAAGGGAAUAAGAGUUAGGGAACUGGCCAAUACAGUGGAGAUCUUAGUGUGGUAAUAAACUAGUGCAAGUGAACAAAGUACUGGGAACCACUGCUAAACGCAACCUCAGUUUCUCACUACAGAGUUGUACGUAGUGAGAAAUAAUACAUAUUGGCAAAAAACAUGCUUCUAAAAACCAAGGAACUAUGCUACAUACAAAAGAUAACUAAAGUCUGGAGAGAGACUUCAAAGACCUUGAUGAUCAUCGUACGUAGAAGAAUGCAUGCACAACACUCCAAUGAAUUUCCAAUAAGGUGCAAAAUAUAUAUUUCACAUAUUAAAUAUGUGACCUACAGAAUUCAGAUAUUUAUAAUCACAAAAGAUAUGCUAUAA